AUGGAACGAAGUGGCUCGGGGCACGACAGCAACGACGGUGACGAUGAUCGCAAGAGCAGAUUCCAGGGAAAUACACUGGGGCCAGAAAACGGAGGGGCAGCGCACCUUCGGGAAAGGGCUGCGAGCCAGCCCCCUCGCUCGUCUGACGCCGCCUCUUUUGUCUCGUCUCCGCCUACUCAACAUUUUAUUCCGUCCGCCGUCGGGGGCCCAUGGUCUAACAGCAAUACCUCGAGCGCCAGUUCACGCAUGUUGAGCCCAAAUCGCGGACAGCCUAUUCCGAUUAGGAGCUCCUCGUUCUCUUCGCACCCCCAGAACCCCUUCUCAUCGACCAUGCGCGAUCGUGCAUUCCCAUCCACCUUCGAGGAUGACGAGUCCGAGGCCCUUUCGGACACGUAUGAUGAGCGUUACGUACCACCCUCUUUGGCUCGUGGGCGGAACAACUACAAUCAGGACAUCAGUCGUUCCCGGUCCCAGUCUCUAGCGACUGGACGUCCUGGCCCCGUUGGAAGCCCUUACACGGGGUCCUCUGCAAUGCAGAGCUGGAAUGAAUCAUAUCUCUCCCAUACGAAUCCCCUGAAUAUCCCGUCCAGUGGACGGGGUUACGGAGAGAUCAGGCCCCCUGGGCAGAGCCGCUACGGUUCGCUUGGGACAGUGGGCAGGUCGCCAUCCACCUCGUCUCCGACCGGUGGCUCGCUUUCGGGGAACGGGUACCACGGCAGGAACCAGCAGACGGAUAUUUCCAAUAUGAGUCCCUUCGUCCGGGAUGUUGGCCAAAUUCUGCUGGAUGACGGAUCUGCAUUCAGAGAGCUAUGGGCCGGGAUGAACCCGCCGCGUGAUGAGAAUGGCGGCGGUGGAAGUGGCACGACCAGUCGACGACACAGUGUCAGCGUCGUGCAGCCUCGUCGAGGCAACAUUGUGGGGUUCAAUGCGCCCCUUCUAGGCGGGGUAGACACCUCCGAGGAUGCCCCGCGGCCCACUUUUCAGUCUGCCUACAGUGGGCGCGGUAGUGGGCUGCUACUUUCAGAUGACGAGCUUGCCAGUGAUCUUGGGCUGUUGAACAUCAAUCCUAGUGAUGCUCUCCCUUCAUCGACCUCUUCACAUCAACAUCCGCCGAGUCAGCCCUCUUCUCUGCCUAUUUACGCGCCGCUCUCGCGCAGCCCGCCUUCGAGAGAUCUGAUGUCGAAUUACCAAUCCAUCAAUCUCACCAUCCCGAGCGGGAACAAUAACAACUAUUCCAGGCAGCCCGUGGGCACGCCGAGCGACAGUGGAGAUUACUCCUCGGGAGGCAGCCCACCGAGAGGGUUGUACGAUGAUCAUCAGUACAAUGUGUCUAGAGCCCUGCCUUCGCAACAGCAGCAACAGGACCCUCCUGCUCGAUACAUGCCCGGACACGGCAUUCAGUACGGUAUUCCCCAACACCAACAAUCACAGCAUUUCCAACCUCAACACCACCAACAACUUCCUCACCACAACCAACAACAAUCCCAACAGCAGCAGUCACACCAUGGGAUAGGCAACAAUAACACUGGCAAUAAUGCACAGUACGUGCGCGCACGCGCGCCGUCGUACUCCAACACCCUGCAGUCCCCUAUCUCGCCCAGCACCCGUCCUAUUAAUCCCCAGCAACCACCAUAUUACCCGCAGACACAGCGCCGGAUGUCGGACGCGCAGCACCAGCAGCCUCCUACGCCCACUUCUGCUCACCCUUCCGGGCAAGGUGCUGGAGGGCCGGGAUCCGGCCCGGGGACGAACCUUGCAGACCUAGGCAAAGGCGUACCACUGCACUCGGUCCCCGCGUCCUGCCCCCUCUUCAUCGUCGAAUUUAAAGCUGGGAGGACGGACUUGUUUUAUCUCGUGGAUUUGUCACAGAACAUCAGGAUUGGAGAUUUGGUGAUUGUGGAGGCGGACAGAGGGAAGGAUUUGGGUAAGGUGGUGAAUGAUAGCAUUACGCUUGCGGAGGUGGAGGCUUUCCAGAGGCAGCAAGCGGAGAAAGGAUUCGGAAGUGGAAGUGGUGGAGGGGAUGAUGGAGUGCCAACAAGCCCUGGAGGUGGCGGCGCGGGAGGAAAGAAGGAUAUUAAUCCUAAGCAGAUUUAUAAGAAGGCAGGGCAACAGGAACUGCAGUUGUUGGCCACGAAAACUGAGGACGAGGCGAAAGCUCUGCAGUUAUGUCAGAGUAAAGUCCGCGCGAAGAAGCUUCCUAUGGAGGUUAUUGACGCCGAGUAUCAAUGGGAUCGCAGAAAGUUGACGUUUUAUUUCGUGGCUGAGAAGAGGAUUGAUUUCAGAGAGCUGGUUAGAGAGCUCUUCCGGUUGUACAAAACACGAAUAUGGAUGGCCUCCCUUCAAGGAGGAGCUGGCUUCGAACAAUAA